UGAAAGAAAAAAGUUCGCUUGAAGCUGAGCUAAAACAAAUCAUAGAAGAAAAUGCAGAGAAAGCAAAGUUAAGAGAUGAUACUGUCCCUAUUACCUCUCGUGAACAGAAAAACAUCCAAUCAAAUUCUCAGCACGAAAGCGUGGAUAUUGACCCAUGUACCUUGACUUUGUCAAGAAUUUCCAAUAGCGAAGCUAGUGCCAAGGCACAUAAAUCGGAACAAACACCUAUUAAUCAAAAAGUUACCCGUAAUCAAAUGGUAGAACAAGGUUUAAUACAAGAGUUAACAGAAUUUAUUAUAGAGGAGAGCAUUGAAAUAAAGAAAUCUUUUUAUUUAAACGAUAAGAAAACUGUUACUGUACAGAGCUUAGUUCAUUUGUAUCAGAAAGCAAGUUUAGCGGAAAAAAAUACAAUUCAAGCCAAACAGCAAGAAAUUUUAUGCUGGUAUUAUUAUGGGAAAGACUUUGAAAAAAUGACAAAUCCGUCCCGCACUUAUAAAGAAAAUUUAUCUUCUGAUUUUAGUCUUUCUCCAAAAAUAGAACUCGAAGUAUCAGAAAACAAGGUAGGUGCACCACCUGUCUCGAAAUCCGCUGUUAAGGAGACCUCACCAGAAAUCAAAACCGAACAAUUGAAAUUAGGUCCCGGAAUUUUUCUUGAAACGAAUUUUUCUGCGUAUAAAAUGGUUAGAAGAUUAAGAUCAGGUGCUACACGCUUAUCACCUAAAGCAAUUAGCGAUAUAAUUACUGCUAAGGGUACAGCAAAUGCAUUACUGAAUCUAGCUAAAAAAUAUAGGGCCUUGCCCAUGCUUCGCAUAAUGUAUCAUAUGCACGAAUUCAUGAAAUAUGGAGUAAAGCCUUUAUAUAAUCAAUUCAUAGUCACAAUACAAUCAAUACAUCGUUUAUAG